AUGGGGUUGGAUUGGAUCUCUGCAUUUAAUCUGUGGAAUCACUCAUUGAACACUUUUUGCCAUUUAGUCAAUGUCAAUAAAUCGCAAUUCGAUAUCACCGAAUUUCAGCGCAGAUUUCAGGAUGUNUUUGCAAGUGGUUUGGGGCGUUGCACAAAAGCAAAGGUCAAACUUUAUUUAAAACUAGAUGCUAAGCCGAUUUUCAAGCCGAAGCGCCCAGUCGCUUAUGCAAUUUUGCCGCAAGUCGAUGCUGAGCUCGAUCGUCUCGAGCAAAAUGGAAUUAUAUCACCCAUCAAAUAUUCACAGUGGGCGACACCGAUUGUUGUGGUACGCAAAAAGAAUGGCUUGAUUNGGAUUUGUGCAGAUUUUUCAACGGGACUUAAUGCUUCCCUGGAACCUAAUCGUCAUCCACUUUCUUCGCCAGAUGAAAUAUUUUCACAGCUGUCAAAUUGCAAAUAUUUCAGUCACUUAGAUUUGGCAGAUGCCUUUUUACAGAUUGAGAUUGAUGAUGAAUCAAAGAAAUAUCUUACAAUCAAUACUCAUCGCGGUUUUUACGUCUACAAUCGUAUGCCUUUUGGGGUCACUGUAGCUCCUGGAGAGUUUCAAGCCAUUAUAGACUCCAUGAUUUCUGGCUUACCAAAUGUUUUUGCUUACAUUGACGACUUAGUUGUUGGUGGAGAAACAAUUUUGCAGUAUAAUCGCAAUUUAACACGUCUUUUAGAGCAUAUUCAAGAUUAUGGCUUUUGA